GGCCACACGGCCACUGCCACGCUGUUGCGGCGCCAGCUCCGUUCGACAGGGAGGAUAUUUAUAUAUAUCACCGUAACCCUCCUCCCGGGCCGACGGCAUACUCACCCUUCGGCGCCCUUCUUUUUCGCUAUUCCUAUGGAUGUCCAGGUCUCGAUGUUCAGCACCAACUAAUAUCUGGCGGCCCGACAUUUCUUGGUCUCGCUGUUUCAGCAACAGCCUUGACGGCGAUUCUGGUCCCGGGGAGGUCGUGGAGAGAGGUGACAGGGCAGUCAGUGCCCGGGCCAGACGAUUGACCGACUCCCACGAGCCCAAUCAACACGGCAGAUGGCUUCACCGGGCCAGCCGGCGCUAGGGAGCGCCGCGGAUGCUUCAUCGCAGGCUCUUGCGGGGCUUGUGAAACGAAUCGACAUUCCCUAUUCACCGAACAGCCCUCCCGGCCUAGUACAGGCGCUCACGCUGGAUCCGUGGACGAAGUCUGGAAAGUACGGGCUGGGAUGGACCUACUUUGCGAUUGCGGUCGGAGGCUUGACGGUGGUGGUGAGGAUAUGGCACUACUGGCAGGACAAGAUCCGGCAGGCCAUAUACAAGCAGGAGAUGGAGCAGCACUUUCAGAAACUGUACUCCCUGGACCCGGGCUGGGACCGGACGGCGGCUCUGGCGACGGCCGUGACGACGGCCGAUACGACGGCCGAGUCGGGGAGGCACUUCUUCCCGGAGGAGCCGCCGAUGGAGAACAAGAACUUCAGGCCCAAGGCGCAUUUCUCGUCCGUCGGCUUUGUCAACGACACCCUCGCCCUCUUCAGAUGGGUCUUUUACCGCCCGAUCCCGGACAUCGUGUGGAGGAAACACCGGUUCACCUUCAGCUCCCUCGCCGUGUUGGGUUGCGUCUUCAUCGCUCUCGCGUUCGUGACCGUCUUCAGCUUCUUGCAGCAGCCUCUGUACUGGCAGAGCAUCCGGUUCGGGUCUCCCCCGCUCGCCAUCCGCUCCGGCAUGAUCGCCGUCGCCAUGACUCCCUGGAUCUUCGCGACGAGCACCAAGGCGAACAUCCUCACCAUCAUCACGGGGAUCGGACCCGAGCGCCUCAACGUCUUCCACCGCUGGCUGGGGUACCUCUGUCUCUUCAUGUCGCUGAUCCACAUGAUCCCGUUCUACAUCCAGCCCGUCUGGGAGGACGGCGGGAUGCAGGUGUUCCAGAAGCUCUUCCCCCCCGGGAGCGGCAUCAUCUACGGUUCCGGAAUCGCCUGCCUCGUUCCGCUCUGCUGGUUGUGCGUCGCCUCGCUGCCCGUCAUCCGCCGGACUGCGUACGAGCUCUUCUCGCUCCUACACGCCCCCAUCGGUUACGUCUACCUCGGCGUGCUCUUCUGGCACACCAAGAACUUUCUCAUGUCCUGGGGAUACCUGUACGCGUCCGUCGCCAUCAUUGCCCUGUGCAACAUCCUGCGCCUCCUCAAGCUGAACUGGGCGAGACCCUGGCGCAUGUCCUGGCUCAUCGGAGACGAGGCCGCCAUCAACAUCAUGACGGAGAACGCCAUCAAGAUCACGAUCCCGACGCGGAUGCGGUGGAAGCCGGGCCAGUACGUCUAUCUGCGGAUGCCCGGUAUUUCGCUCCUCGAGAACCACCCCUUCACCAUCUCCUCCCUCUGCAGCGAGGACUUCCCGUCCGAGUAUGGCGAGGAGUACCGCGACUGCGUGCUCGUCUUCCGCCCCUACGGAGGCUUCACGCGCAAGGUGCUGGAGACGGCCAUCGAGAAGGGGCCCUUCCACACGUACCGCGCCUUCCUCGACGGCCCUUACGGCGGGAUGCGUCGCGAGCUGGCCGCGUUCGACACGUGCAUCCUGAUCGCCGGGGGCAGCGGCAUCACCUCGCUGAUGUCGCAGCUCCUCAACCUGAUCAAGCGCAUGCGGGACGGGAAGGCCAUCACCAAGAAGAUCGUGGUGGUGUGGGCGCUCAAGCGGCUCGAGGCCAUGGACUGGUUCCGCGAGGAGCUCCGCAUCUGCCGCGAGUCGGCGCCGCCGGAGAGCGUUACGUGCAAGUUCUUCGUCACCGCGGCGGUCAGGCAGAAGCCGAACCACGCGAUGCCUCACGGCCGCGCGCCCCGGCCGCUGAGCAACAUGUUCCACGACAAGCUGGACGGUUUCGUCGCGGGCAUCGCGAGCAAGCGUAACAGCGCCCUCAUCAUGGCCGAGGCGCAGGGCGAUCCGGAGAGGGAGCGCGAGCUCCGCCGCGAGGACGAAGACCGCAUCACGGCGCUGCCGCAGCAGAAGUACCUCCAACCGCACACCUUCCCGCCUCCGCCCCCGGGCCCUCCGCCGUCGAACGGGACCGGGUUGUCGCCCGCCGAGGAGGCGCUCCGCCGACUCGAAGGCCGCGAUGGCGACGCCAAGGGCUCCGAGCCGCUCUCCUCGGACGGCCACUCGGGGGGCGCGCAGAAGAAGAAGAACAAGAAGAUGGACGGCGAGUUCCACUUCCCGCCUCUCGGCGCCUUGCGCCCCGAAGGCAUCCCACACUUCAACUACGCCCCGCCGGCAGGGAGACAGCGGUACAGCCAGAUCAUCGCAGAAGCCAAACCCCGCCUGAGCCAAGUGCUAAGCGAAGCAUGCAGCGGUGGCGGUGGUGGUGGUGGUGGUGGCGGCGGCAAUGAGAUGCCCAGCGACGUCAAGAGCCAUGACUACAAUGAGCACGACCAAAACCCCGAGCAGGCUCAAGCCAACAUGGGCGAGACCACCGAGAGCGGCGGCGGCGACAAGGGCAGCGCAGAGCCCGUCCGCGCGCCGGAACUGGCGCACCUCCGCACGGACGGGGCCGGCUUCUCGCGGCCGCGGCCGACGAGCACGUUCGGCCCGCCGUCCGGGUUCGACUUUGGGUUCCCCGAGACGCCGACCGAGUUCCAGCGGUCGCUGAUGCGCUUCGCCUUCCCGGUCCCGCACGAGAUCGACGGCGGGUGGAGCGUCGAGUACGGCCGCCCGGACCUCGGGUACAUGCUGAGGGAGUGGGCUACGGGCGGGCCGGACGGGCGGGGGAUCCUGGGCCGGCGCACGGCCGUGUUCGUGUGCGGCCCGCCCUCGAUGCGCGUCGGCGUCGCCAACACGGUGGCCGCCCUCCAGGCCGAGAUCUGGGGCGACGACAUGCUCGAGGAGAUCUUUUUGCACACCGAGAACUAUGCUCUAUGAAGGAGGGGGAUGGAAGGAAAAAAUCUUUGUGGGAGCGAAGAGGGAGAAGGGGGGAAACGGAAGGACGGGGCACUGUUGGUCUGUUGGUUUUUGUUUCUUUUGGUUGUUGGUCUGUUGGCGUUUCCGGGGGGGAGAGAUACCACAUGCGUUGGGGAGUUAGUUCUCUUUGUUUUUCUUGGAUACCACGCUGCUCUCGAGCGAGAAGAUUAUUAGGGGCGGCGGCUCUACUUACUGCGCCCGCACG